AUGUUUUUCAAACUCGCAAUUCUGUCUACUCUCUCUGCUUUCCAAGCUGCAGCUUUGAAUCAACCUUUCCAACUCUUGGUUGACGAUGGCUUCUACUUCGGCAAUCCAAGUACGGAUUGCAAGCAUUCCUCGCAGCCUUACAUUUAUCAACAGUAUACUCGUUUCACGGACGACUAUACCUACCUUUCGACAAUGCUAGCACCAGAUGUUGAUUUCACAGUCGUCGGUCAUCAUGCGCUUUCGGGCCACUAUCACGACUUCAAACAUUUCUAUGUCAAUGCCUUUUACAGACUUGGUAGCUGCAUUACAGAAGUUUAUCCUGAGCUUUUCAAACUUACUUUGUUGACUAUCCACGGAGGAUGCAAUGAAGAGUGGAGCGUACAAGAGAUACGAGGUCAAGGACGAGCAAACAAUGGCCGCGAUUUCGAUAUUAUUAACGUGUGGGUCACGAAGUGGCAUAAUGGCCGAAUUGUAAAGGUCCGCACGUACAUUGAUGCUGUUGAGAGCAUGAUCAUGCUCAAGGAAAAUGAGGUCUGGACGAACUCCUCUACCGAAACUGAACAUACAAACUUCCUGCCUGGUCCAAGAGGAAUGCCAGAUAUGGCUGCUCUUGGAGAGUUCUUAGCAAAGGGUGGACACUACUAA